UGUACCUGCCCUUGAUUCUUCAACCAGUCAUCUUGAGGAAAAACUAGCAGAACUAUGCACGAAACUCAGGAGACUCAGAAUGGAAGGUACUCUGCCUCCCCCUGAACUCUUUACUGCUAAUCUUGAAGAAGAACUAGAGGAACUACUUGCCAAACUAAAUAGACAAAGAUGCGAGGGCAGUUCAUCUCUCCCUGAUAACACCUUUGAAAUAAACCUAAUACAACUACUCGAGAAACUGAAGAAAAAAAAGAUGGAAGUUACAAUGUAUCCGACCAUUAGAUCAGGACUGGAGAAGUUUGAUGUCAGUUUACCCAAGGAACUCCAGAGCUAUGUCAGCUACUUAUCAAAUGGGUCAGCCAAACUUGGCUUACGCAGGCGAGUACUUCGAUCGCCUAGUGCCGUGAAAGACUUUCUAGAAGCAAUGGAUGAACACGAAUUGAAAACAUUUCUUACCAUUCACAUCAGAGAAGGUGCUUGGCAGGUGGUGCUGCUGUUUACGGAUGAACUUCCUUCAGAUAAACUGCCACGGGACUGGUUCGAUGAAAUGUGGGACAGGCACAAGGGCAAGGAGACGGUGGGUUCAUCGUUAUACAGUUCGACGUCAGGCAUAUUGAAGGCGUGGCCAACAGAGUACGACCCUGAUUUGGUAACAUUGUGUAAAGCGAUCACCAACUGGGACUGGAAAGUAACCAGAUUAAUCCUUUCUGGGAGUCGGAUAUCUGAUGAAGGUUUAAAGAACUUAAGUACAGCUCUUACUCAGAGUGAACUUUACAGCUUGGCCCUGUGUGCCAAUAACUUACAAAGUCAAGGAUUAAAACACCUGUGUGAAGCGCUGAUCAGUGGGAACUGCGAUUUAAUCAGCUUGAGCGUCACUCGCAAUGGGUUAGGAGAGGAAGGAAUAAUGCACUUGUGUGACGUGCUCACCAGUAAUAACUGCAAGUUAAACAGUUUGAACGUCAGUCAGAAUUUCUUCGGAAAUGAAGGAAUAAAACUCUUGUGUGAUGCACUGAUCAGCGCUAACUGCACUUUAACCAGCUUAAAGGCCAGUUGGAAUGUGUUAGGGGAUGAAGGAAUAAUGCCCUUAGCUAGAGCUUUAACUAACAAGAACUGUGCAUUAACGAGCUUAGACAUUAGUUUCAAUAGAAUAGGAGAUGAAGGAACAAAGUUCUUGUGCAAAGCCUUAACUGAUACCAACUGCAAACUAAGGAGCUUAAACCUCCAUGGAAAUUUGAAGAUAACAGAUGUGGGCAAACAGUGUUUGUCUGAAGCGAUAACCGGUACUGAUUGGGAAGUCAGAGAAGGCCUGAUACUUUCCCUUUCCAUCAAGUCAGAGGUACAGUAGAGCUCGGCCAGGCUCCUCCUGUUAAUUAUCGUAUGUUAUGUAAUAAUUUCAUUGUUAUAAAGGGUAGAAUUUAUUAUUUAACGCGUUAUUCUGUUUGUUUGUUCGGUGAUUAAUCCCACAUUAUAGAUUCUCCAUCAGUUGUCGAUCAAACAGUGUUUUCUAAACGACUCUCAGUGUGGUACACGAAACGUCGCCAUCAAUUGAUGACUGACUCGGUGUUGUUAGACAACAAUUAUUAAACUUUACUGAUCUUUUGUUCAUGUAAAGUUUAUUUCAGAAAAUAGGUUUUAAAUAAGCCUUUUCUGGAAGCAUAGAUACAAGUCCAUACAACGCAUCGGUAGGAUGCCAAGAAUAUUGAAUUACAUAUUUAUAACGUAGUUAAUAAAUAUCUUUAAGUUUGUCCUCAGAAAGACAAAAUUUUCAAUAUUCUACAUGAGCUAUUGACGUACAAAUAAGGUGGUAAAAUGCUUGCUUAAUUCUAAUACAAGAUAAUAUUUUUAUGGUCUUAAAAGUACUAUUUAACAGCUAAAUUGGAAAUGCUCUGUUUCCUGUUUACCUUGUUAGUUCUAUGAGGCAGAUUUAGGUGUUGUAAAAAAUAUUGUAUUCUCUUUUAAAUUAGUUUUUAAAACUACACACAAGGUAUA